AUGCUCAAGAAUUUUGAUGCUCAAGCAGCAUCGAAUUAUAUCAACCCAUAUGCGGUGGAUGUGAUCCGGGCAAAGAGAAGGGAUCUGGUUUAUGGGAUCUCACAUACCGAGGAUCUGCUGGAUCUGCUUGUGACAGAGGGGGUCAUGACAGCGGCCAAGAGAUCCAUCGUUUUGACCAUCGGGACUCGCAAAGAUCAGAAUUCCAGGGUCCUGGACAUCCUGGAGGCCAGAGGUGAGAGGGCGUGCCGUAAGUUUUUCCACCCCUGUCUUAUGCUGGCAGAGCCCGAUCUUUAUCAGCGAAUCAAGACCUAUGUGGGGAGUAUGAAUGAACACAUUAGAGACACAAGGAGGCAGCUGAUUGGAUAUUUGCUGGAGCGAGAAAAGAAGGGAGUGGUAGGAAUAGUCAAAACUAAAAGAUUUAGCCCUGAGACUGAAGACAGACGACCUGUGCCACUUGAAAUGUUAGGGGAUAAAGCGGCAAAACGUAAACCAGAAAACCUCAUUCACAUGAUUGCUACAGAUGGGGAGCUGGUACUGCUGGAGGAGCCGUUAGAAGACACUAAUAUUAACACCGUCAGUUCUUCUAAUGAGACUGUAUUACAUGUUGCUGCUAAGAACGGGCAUCUAUCUGUUACUGAGCUCUUGAUCCAUAAAGGAGCCAGACUGGACUUGCAGGAUAACCAUGGUCACACAGCUCUUCACAGUGCAGCCAGCAGGGGUCACACUGAGAUAGUCAGAGCCCUCAUAAGGGCCGGUGCCCCCAUCUACACUUUGGAUAUGCACGGCAGAACUCCCAUUCAUCUGGCAGCAGAAAAUGAGCACCUGGAUUCUGUGAAAGUGUUGGUGAAGGAGGAGGCCAAACAGUCUGAGAGCCACACUCAGGACAUGUUUCUCCACAUGGCAGCCAUGGAAGACAACUGGAGGCUGGCUGAGUUGCUGCUUCAGAGCGGAGCCACUGUUGAUGCCAGAAACAGCCACAAAAACACAGCUCUGUUUUAUGCAGUUGCCAGGAGCAAUGAGAAAACUGUGAGCAUCCUUCUAAACGCAGGAGCUACAGUUGACUAUGAUGUUAUAAAUGAAGCCAUUAAGCUCAAUCAAGAAUCAAUUCUCCGUCUGCUGCUUGCUAAUGCCAGAGGAGCUCAGAGAGAAGCAGCACUGGGCUCUGCUCUCUUCACAGCCGUUAGACAGAACCACGAUGGAGCGGUAACUGCUCUGACAGACGGCGGAGCAAAUGUGAACAUGUGUGACAGACAGGGAUACACCCCUCUCCUGUUGUCGGCUGAGCUAGGACACGCCGAAGUCUUCAGAGUGCUAGUAGCAAAACAGGCCAAACUGGAUGCUACUCUGCCCAACCUCUCCUCAGCCUUGCACCUGGCUGUUCACAGUGGCAGCGUGCCCAUAGUGCAAACACUGCUGGAAAGGGGAUUAGACCCCAACAUUCCUGGGCCUAAAGCCCAAACCCCUCUACAUCUGGCGGCUCAGAGAAAAAGAUCAGACUUAGUUGGUCUAUUGUUAAAAGCUGGAGCACAGGUAAAUGCCGUAGCCCAGGAUGGACUGACACCUCUGCAUUUAGCCAGUCAGCAGGGCCAUGCAGACACAGUGAUCCAACUUCUUCGAGGCAAGGCAGACCCAGGGCUCAAAGACAGGGUGGGGAGGACUGCCCUGCACUGGGCAGCCUCUUCCCAGGGAGAGAGCAGUGUGGUGGAUUUACUGCUGUCAGCCAAAGCCAACCCAACCACCACUGACAAUGAGAAAAAAACUGCCCUCCACCUGGCUGCUAUGGAGGGAAAAUUAGACGCUGUGACUUCACUGUUGUCCCACAAGGCAAAGGGAGGGGCUAAAGACAUGGAUGGCAACACGCCGCUACAUUACGCAGCAGCUGGUGGGCAUGCCGGUGUGGUUUCAGCUCUAUUAAAGUCACUCAACAACAGGGGGACAGAGGAGAGGAAUGCAUGGAGGAAAACACCUCUUCAUGCCGCAGCUGAGAAGGGUCACGAUGGUGUGGCUGCACUGCUGCUGGAGGCCGGGGCAAAGAUCAACUCUACAGAUCACAGUAAAGACACUCCUCUGCACUGUGCUGCCCGAGGUGGACACCAGGAGGUAGUGAAGAGGCUUGUAAACUGGGGCCAAGCUGGGCACCUGGGACAGAAGAAGACGGCGAAUCUGCAUGCUACAAAUAACGUGGGGAAGACACCACUGCAGGUGGCAGAAAGUGGAGACACACCAGAACACGAGAACGUUGCAACUUUACUCAAGAGAAAGAUGUUUCUCAUCAAAUAA